UUUACAAUACUAGCAAACAUGUCUUAGAAAACAACUGCAUAAACAAGACAGUGUGCGUUUUGUAAAGCAUACACUGUAAAUAGUGUUUGUGUAAGACCUUUAUUUUACUGUCCAACGUCUGUUCAUUUAUAACUUCAUAACUGUCAUUGGAAAGUCUGUUUGCUAUUUAAAUGACCUUUGACACUCAGAUACAACUCAAUGGUAGUUUCCCACAAAGCGUGGUGUAGGGCAGAUGUGUGUGUUCCAUGUGUUCGCGCAGUGUUAUGUUGUUCUUUACCAUGCACACGAGAGGGCAUUUAAAAGAGAACAUUGUUCUCUGUGGAAUCUUUCUCCUUUUCUCAUCUAAAACAGCUGAUCAAACAUGCAGGGGACAGUGUGGAGACGUGUUGGAGAAAUGCUCCUGUCAUGCAACCUGUGUGUCUUUGCUGAAUUGUUGUGCAGAUUACAACCAGUCGUGUGUCCAGGUGACGCCUCACUCCAGCGCCAUGCUAGGCGGUAGAGCUCUCAGGAUCCUCGGCGUGGCCCUUCAUCCUGGUGGGCGACUUCUCUGCAGGUUCAAGGGUGAAAUUGAACGAGAAGGAUUUAUUGAUGAUGAAGGCCACGGCUACUGUAUCUCUCCUUUAUUGUACGAGACAGGUUGGAUACCAUUUACUGUCUCAAUUGACGGGAUACAUUUUGACAGAUCUGGAGAGUUCUUGUCAGUCCACCCCAGUAAGGCUGACCCUGCCUUUGAAGUCAUCCUGGUGAAUGCAACACAGUGGCAGUACUACGGCACACCAAACGUGUCUGGACGGCUAAAGAUGACAUGGAACAGCUCUUUGAUUGGUGCAGAGACGGUCAACAUAGAGCUGUGGGGUUACAGAGAGUUCAGCAGGAGCACUGAGGUGGGGGUGAACGGAUCAUCCUCUCUGCAGGCCGAGCUGAGCUACCUGUACUCCCUCGGAAGGAAUCUGCCCAACACUGGUGCCUUCAGCUUCGUCCCCGAGCCCUCAGAGGACUACUCCGACUGGAAGUUGGGAAACAUUCGCAUCACUGCUAGUUCUAAGUCGGAUGGAGCAAGGGAUGUAGAGGGGCUCUGGAGCGGUGGGCAUGUGUUAGCCUGGCACCUGGAGCAGGCUUUCAGAGAUGAGUCUGCAGCCUGGGCCAGGAGCCAGUGUCUGCAGUGGGACGUCCUGGAGAACAAGCUGCCCAACUUCCUGGAGGAACUCAUUACCUGCCCCUGCACUCUGGCACAGGCCCGCGCUGACACAGGCAGGUUUCAUACUGAUUAUAGUUGUGACAUUGAGCGGGGCAGUGUGUGCACUUAUCACCCAGGUUCCGUCCACUGCGUCAGAGCCAUUCAGGCCAGUCCUACGCAUGGAUCGGGGCAGCAGUGCUGUUAUGACAGCACAGGGGCUCUGGUGCUGACGGGAGACUCGAUCGGGGGCAGCACCCCGGACAGGGCUCACGACUGGGGCUCGCCUCCGUACAGGGAGCCCCCACGGGUGCCGGGGUACUCACACUGGCUUUACGAUGUCAUGAGUUUCUACUACUGCUGCCUGUGGUCUGACCACUGCAACAUUUACUUCAAACAUCGCCCUUCUAGCGGCUGUCGCAGCUACCAGCCCCCAAAAGCUGGUGUUGUCCUCGGGGAUCCGCAUUUCGUAACGUUCGACGGGCUCAGCUACACUUUCAACGGCAAAGGAGAAUACUACCUUGUGUCUUCUCCAGACAGAGAGCUGAGUGUUCAGGCCAGAACAGAGGCGCUGAAAUUUAAGAAUGGUACCUCGGCCAAAGCCACAUUGCUGUCAUCCGUGGCUAUGAAGGGAAAUACCUCUGAUGUCAUCGAGGUGCGUCUAGCAGAUGGCCACCUUCAGGUGCUGAGGAACCAAAAGGUCCUACCUUUCACCGAGCAGAGAUGGAUGGACCUACACGGAGUAUUUGUGUUCACCCCCAGUCUUCAGAAUGUGACAGUAAUCUUCCUCUCUGGAGUUGGCGUGGAGGUUCGGGUGCGUGAAGGAGCCAUGGCAGUGACCGUCCUGCUUCCAUCAGAGUUUACUAACCACACUCAGGGUCUCCUCGGUCUCAUGAACUCUGACCCCUCAGAUAACCUGUUGACCGGACUCGGAGAGAUCCUUUCCCCAGCCGACGCCACGCCUGAGGAAAUCUUCACCUUUGGAGCUGGCUGGAACAUUUAAAAGACGUCCUCCCUCUUCACAUAUGACUCAAAGUACCUUAUGGAUAGAUACUAUUUCCCACCAAGUCAUGACACUGCCUUUGUUCCCGCCUUUUCUCUACCCGAGACACCCGAUGACCCUCUGAUGGCAGACAUGUUGGCGAUGUGCUUGGGAGAAGGAGCCCAGUUUUGUAAAUAUGAUACCCUGACCGCACAGAGCUUGAGAAUGGGAAACGCCACACUCGGGGCCUACCAAAGCCAUCUGGCCCUUACGGAAGCCCUGGAGCAAGUGGUGUCUUGUGGCUGGCUUCCCACACCUAGGAAUGGGAAGAAGAAUGGGACACAUUACCUGGAGGGCAGCUGUCUGAGCUUCACCUGCAAUGAAGGCUUCUCACUGUACGGCUCAACGGAGCGCACCUGUCUAGAUGAUGGGAGCUGGACAAGAGAGCAGCCCUACUGUAUCCCAGAUGAUAACGUGAGGUUUGUUCUUGGUGCUGUCGGUUCCCUCUCUGCACUGGUCACGAUGGCAGUAAUGAUCAACCUGCACAACAGGAAACAAGUCAGAGAGAAAAAGGAGGAGCGGAAGGAGACUCAAGAACAAACUUGUUAAACUUUUCUUUCGGAUUAUGGAUCACACAACCCCACAUUCAACGUUGUGUCCUUUGGCAACGAUCAUGUCAGGGACUCAUCCUGUGGAAAUCAUAUGCUGUCUGUUAAGGAAUAAUUUGCCUAGGUAUUCAACCUUCGACAAAGUUCAUCAUUUUCUCCUCUCACUGUCUCUUUUCCCAUGGCAUAUGUCUACGGCCUUGGGUAUUGCUGCUAUCUCUUUUAAGGGGGAGCAGCUUGGGCGCAUUGUUGUUGCCAGUCUAUGACAGAGCACAAGCCGCCAUGAGGUAGUUUACUGUUCAGGGACGACGGUUCCCUGGCGCGCAUUCUUUUCUAUGGACGAGAGCUCUAGUUAGAUUCAGGGUCCAUAAUGUUUAGUCUCACUGAUGAAGAAUGUUGAUUAUUACACUCUGAACUAGUUAAAACCUCGAGCUACAGAAAGGGUUCUUCAGAAUUGAUUUGGCAACGGCUGUGUCAACUCGUGACACACCACCUGUCUUGUCAACUCUCUGGCCGAAACUCCAAAUAAACCAUCAGUGUUUCACAUCAAAGCUCCAACUCUCCUCGUGUCUCUCUGAGUCCUGACUCUCCAUUGCAACAGAAGUUUCCCCCACACUGUCAUGUUGUUUGUUUGGAAGGUGGUCUUCUUAACCUUAUGACCUUAUCAGGGAAAAACCUCAGGUGCUAGUUAUGCUUACAGCGUGUUGUUUGACCUCAUGUUUUCCCUCUUGUUUAGUUUGGAAAACCUCCUGGCGACACAUGGGGUGAGGAUUGAGGGAAAUGCUGAUGAUUGUUUUUAUAUUCCCGUUUCUGCAUGACUGAACGUCCUAUCUUCACUAAGGAGACAACUGUAUAAAUACUACACAGAGAUAUCAUAAUUACGAUCAACACUCGCUUCUCCUGUUCCAUUUAAAAUAGGACCAGAUGUGUUCAUGUUCAUGUCAAAUGUCAAGCGAACCUAAUCAUUCUUUGGUUGAAAGACUUUGAACUCAUGCAGCCUAUGUGUGGGCUCAGAGCCUUCAGUCAAACUAAGGGUUUUGCUGAGUGACUGGAAAAGAAAAAUCCACAAAUGUUACAUAAAGGUCACCUUUUUGCACUAAAUCAACACUGGCUUUUUUAAGUGUCCUUUGUACUGUUGCUCAUCUGCAUUUGAUGUAACUAAUUUCUUCCAUAAAUGUUUUCAUUCAAAUUAAUGAAGGAAUCAAUACAUUAAAUUGAGAUAAAAUCCUG